GAUUGGCCCACGUAGGAUCACACGCGCCCGCGAGUGUAGAAAACGUACGAAAUUAUGAACAUUAAAUAAUAAAUUCGAAAUUUGAUGCCAUUUCAAAAUCGAAGCUCACACACACACAUCUCUCGCAAAAGCUCUUUUGGGAUUUUUCAAAUUUGAAAACAAAAGACUCAGAGACUCAGACCCACCACCACCAUCACCAACACUCUCUUUCUCUCUCACUUUCUCGGGAAAAUAUUUUCCCUCCUCAUUGAGUAUUAUGUUGUAGGUAGGUUCCUCCAUCGCUGUUCCUUUUUUACCACCAAUAAAAUUCAAAUUACGACAUUAGAGAAACGCUUCAUAAUUGCUAUAAAAUUCGCGACGGAUUGGCUUGUUGAGUAGAGAGCCAUGGGUUGUCUCUUCGGUUGCUUUCGUGCUAGAGACGACCAAUCUACGAAUGAUUCCGUCUCUCAAGCCAAAUCCAACAGAGGUCAUGAGUCGAAGAAUCGUUUGUCAGCUUUGUUUCUAUCUGAAGAGAACGCAGCUUCGUCGCCUUGUCAUGAUGACAGAGAGGGAUCUAGUUUGAAUUCUACGCAUAUUGACAAAGAUCUGAAAGAUGAGGCACAGUUUCUUAAAGUUUCCAGCGAGAUACCAGCGACACCGAUUGAAAUUAGGAAAGCAUCCAAUAAACUGGAAACCCCUCAAGGUGGUGAACAUUUAGGGUCUUCCCCUUCUUGGAUUUCCAGUAACUCUGAUGCAGUGUUUCACUUGGAUGAGAAAAAGAAUGAGCCCUAUGAAGAAAUGGGAAGAUCAUUAGAUACUUCAGAGCAAACUCCUAGCAGUUGCUUGACCAAUGUCCGGAACAAUGCAAGGAUCUCUUCUGCAUCUAGUGAUGCUAGUCAAGAAAGCAUUGGUACUGUGUUCAGGGAUGAGGUGGAUAGAACCGGCAAGGCGACACUCAAAGCUGGAAACAUUACAGAAAAGACAAAGUCAGUGCGGUCUGAAAUAGACUUUGAUCAAUCUCACUCUUCUAGUUCUUCCAAAAACAGCACUUCAAGGAAACCUGAAAUGGCUGGAAAAACUUUUAUCUCAGCAACCUCGCCUAAUCUGACCUCAUUGAAGCUAUGUGAUACCCCUGGAACCAUCUUGCCUGCAAAUAUGGAAUCAGCAGGAAGAGAGAGACCUAGAAUCAGGUCGCAUUUUGUGCAUUCAGCUUCCAAUCUAAUUGAAAAUGCCUCCUUAUGUAAGCUCCCAAAAGAUUCAAAUGCGAGCCUAGAACAAGCUAAAGUUCAAGCUUGUAAAGAGAAGAUAGAAAAUGAAUCUCCCACAUCAACAAUUUGUGAGGGAAAGUUGGUAGAGAGUUCAGAUGAAAGGUACCUCGAAACUAGUAGCUCUCCUUGGGUGAAGCAGAGUAAAAAAAAGAGUAACAAAAACAUGGAGGCCUUCUCCAUAACUCCUGGAGACAGACCUAUCAUUGGAAUGGUUGCUGCGCAUUGGAAUGAGAAAGAGCAAUCACAAAUCUCAGCCAAAUGGUGGGAUGGUAAUGGGAUACCAAACUCUACAAACAAGUACAAAGAGGACCAGAAAGUGAGUUGGCACGCAACACCAUUCGAAGAGAGAUUAGAGAUGGCACUUUCAGAAGAAGGUGGUCAAGAUUUCAUUCCUCCAAGGAGACUUGGAACAGUGGAAGAGUCUGAAAGGGACACAGCUAUAUCACAUCUGCGACAUUCGGCGCAAUCUAUGUCAGUCAUUUCCUUUUGAACAUCGAGUAGUGUCCACUGAGAUCCUAAAGUGGAGCAAUGGUGAGUCCCAUCGAGUCCUCUAGCCAAGUAAUGUCUCGCCAUCUCGGUCGUGGUUGUGUCUCUGUACUUGGGAGGGUUUUGUUCAGAUAGAAGCUCUUUAAUAGGUCAUAUACUUGCUCAUUUGGUAUGGAGUACAUGAAGAAAGAUGCGCUUGAACUGCGAGGAUCUUCGCCUUUAUUUGCCAAAACUCUGUGCUCCACACUUACAAACUUAUCGUUUGUUAUAAGCAACCAUAAAAAAAAAAAACGUUUUGAGAUUUGUCAAAACAUGGAAGAUUUGAUUGGGUGUAUAAGUUUCUUUAAAAGUA